AUGCCUGGAUUGGUUUUAUUCAGAAGACGAUGGUCCGUGGGGAGUGAUGAUUUUGUGUAUCCAAGUCUGCUGGAGAUAUUUCUUAGACUGUCAUGGUUAAUAGCAAUAUCUAUAGUGUAUGGUAUCAAUCAUGAUAAGUUUACAUGUAAAUAUGCCAAAGACCUUGAGAACUAUUUUAUUGGGAUAUUUGUGUUCAAUAUUGUAUCCACUAUAAUAUCUAUAAUUGUCAUGUUGAACAGUAUGAAAGGGGCUAUAUCUGAUACAUUUAAAAGAAAACAUGUUCCAUAUCUUCUGUAUUUGAAAUUAAUAAUCUUAUUUCCCGAAUGUAUCUGGGUUUUGUUGGGAACAUAUUGGGCAUUUAGAUUUAGUUAUGAUUGCCCAUAUGGUGUGGUGUGGACUGUAAAAGGAACUGUCAUAUUUUCCUGGGUCGUCGGAUUAAUUGUGUGUAUUCUGAUAUUUUUGGUCUUCGACCCAUUGGGAAAGUAUAUUCAACAACAUCGGCUAGCUAAAAGAACACCAGAAGGCUGUUCAGAAUAUCAGAGUGUUGCUGCUAUUAAAGCCUGGGAAAGAAGAUGUGGCCUUAUGUGUUGUUGUAUUGCAAAUACCCAACAAAAUAGAGAUGCUUUUACUGAAAUCUCAAAACUCAUGGCUGAUUUUUUCUUGGACGUUGAUUUGGUGCCAACUGAUAUAGCUGCAGGAUUAAUAUUGAUACAAAAGAUUCAAAUGAAAGCUGAAAAUCAUGACCAUCCUAAUGGUAUCACUACUACUACCCCUCCUGCAACUGCCUCUACUAUACCUACACGUCAACCCUGGAUGACCAUCAAACUUAUGGCACAUUAUAUGAAUUUUGCGUCAGCUAGUUAUGGUUGGCCAUUGUUUAUGUAUACAAAUUUAGGAACUGGCCUUUGUCGACUGCUGCAUAAAUCCAGAUGUUGUAGUUGUAUUAGACAAGAAUAUAAUAUAGUACAAGAUAAUAAUUGUAAUUGUCAUACAGCUGCCAUUAUGAUACAAACUGGUUUAAAGAAAGAAGAUUUAAUUUAUGUUAGCUAUCAUAACAAGGUUACUGAAAUUCCAUUUUAUGUGGCUUUAGAUAGAAAAGAAAUGAAAGUAGUUGUAUCUAUAAGAGGAACAAUGUCAUUAGAGGAUGCGUUAACAGAUCUUUCAGCAGUAGGUGUUAAUAUUGCUAUUCAAGGUGUAGAUAAUUGUUAUGUUCAUUGUGGUAUUUUUAAAUGUGCUAAAUAUAUACAACAGCAAUUACUAGAAUUACAACUGUUAGAGAAAGCUUUUAAUGCCUUUCCUGAUGCUGAUGGUUUAGUUAUAACUGGUCAUAGUUUAGGUGCUGGAGCAGCUGCUAUAUUAGCAAUGUUAUUACGACAAACAUAUCCCGAAUUACGUUGUUAUGCUUUUUCUCCACCUGGUGGCUUAUUGAGCCCUACUGCUAGUAAACAUGCUCGGGAUUAUAUCUGUUCAGUUAUCGUAGGUAAAGAUGUUAUACCAAGAUUAGGUAUACCCACUAUGACCAAAUUAAAAACUCAAAUAUUAAAAGUUUUAACAGAUUGUAAACAUCCGAAGGUAAGAUUGAUGUUUGCUCUGGAUCGGUUAUUGAAAUAG